AUGAAACAAUUCGCCGGACUUCUCUUCCUCUGCAUCGUUCUUCUCUCUUCCUUCGCCGGAAAUGCCGAUUCCGAUCUAAUCUCCAAUCUCUGCAAACACACCAACGAUCCAAAACUCUGUCUCUCAAGCAUAAAUUCACGUCCCGAAUCCGGCGAAUUCGCCGGCACAACCAGCCAAAUCGAAAUCAUAGCUAUCUCCGCCGCAUCGGCCAACGCCUCCGCAACUUCCGGUUACAUCAAAGAAAAACUCAGCCACGAAGAUCUUGAGCCAGCGAUCGAGGCUACGCUCGAAGAUUGUCAGAAGAAUUACCAAGACGCCGUGGAACAGCUCGACGAUUCGAUCUCCGCGAUGCUCGCCAACGCUCACGCAGACGUGGACGUGUGGCUACGCGCGGCGAUAAGCGCGAUCGAGUCUUGCGGAAGCGCGUUGGAGUCACGCGCCGGGAGUGAUGAGGAGCUUUCUAAGAAGAACUCUGUUUUUCUCAGGCUGUGCAAAAAUGCUUUGGUGAUUAACAAAAUGUUGACUUGA